AUGUGGAAGGGUGAGUUUGGCGGUACCGAUAGCCAAGAAGGUAUUGGGGUGGGGUCGUGGGUGGGGGGGGGGGUGGGGGGGGGUGGGGGGGGGGGGGGGGGGGGGUGGGGGGGGGGGGGGGGGGGGGGGGGGGGGGGGGGGGGGGGGGUGGGGGGGGGGGGGGGUGGGGGGGGGGGGGGGGGGGGGGUGGGGGUGGUGGGGGGUGGGGGGUGGGGGGGGGGGGGGGGGGGGGGGGGGGGGGGGGGGGGUGGGGGUGGGUGGGGGGGGGGGUGGGGGGGGGGGGGGGGGGGGGGGGGGGGUGGGGGGGGGGGGGGGGGGGGGGGGGGUGGGGGGGGGGGGUGGGGGGGGGGGGGGGGGGGUGGGGGGGGGGGUGGGGGGGGGGUGGGGGUGGGGGGGGGGGGGGGGGGGGGGGGGGGGGGGGGGUGGGGGGGGGGGGUGUGGGGGGGGGGUCGGUUAUUCUCUGGUAUUUUUGUUCGCCCCACCCGUCCCCGCCGGCUUGCCCACCCAGCACCCCCGCAAUGCUCCCAAUUCCCCCCACGCCUAACCCCAUCCCCUCCCCCACCUCCCUCUCAAAUCAGAACAUAA